AUGGAGCAGGGCGCAUUCUGCCGAUUUCGUAUGGUGUUGUUGAUAGUGAAAAUGAUAAUUCGUGGACUUAGUUUUUCGAGAACUUCAGAAUUGCUUUUGGAGAGCACGAUAAUUAGUGCGUCAUCAACAUAUGUAUAUUCUGUUUAUGAUGAUGGGAGAAAGUACAUAGUAUGUCUUGACAGGAAGACUUGCACUUAUGGUAGAUUCCAAUGGGACGAGAUAGCAUGUGAACACACGAUUGCAGUACUAAAAAGCAAGUAUGUAGUUGAUAUGAAGCCUUAUUGCUCAGAGUUUUAUUAUCCUAAAACAUUAAGGAAGACGAAUGAAGAAUCUAUGUUUCCAAUGCCCGGUAAGAAGGACUGGAUUGUGCCACAAGAAGUUAUGGACGAAGUUGUGUUACCACCAAAAUACAAACGUCAACCCGGAAGGCCGAAGAAAAGCAGACACAAGAAAUCAAGUGAAACUAUGACAUCGAGUAGUAAUUGUUGCGGGAGAUGUGGUUUUCCAAGUCACAACAGGCGUACUUGUAACUUCUUUUCAAAGGAGGACUGA